AUGCCAAAGCUUGCAGAAGGACAGGAGCUGCUGACCAUGAAGCGCAUCCUGCAAAGCUCGCUGCAGAGCUUCUGGGCGAAGAGAGGAAAGCGGCUGAAGAUCAAAGAUGGUUGGGAGCUCUUCUGGAAGGAGGCGGAUGAAGAGAAGUAUGGGCGCCUGAACUUCCAGCAACUCGAGGAGAAUCUCAGGGCGCUGCUCAUGAAGCACUCGGACUCGUUGCUCUCGCCCCGCACGGCCCUGAACUCCGCCAGGGCCUCAAUGCCACACGCUGAUGAGACCAGAGAUCCGGUGCUCAAGGGCAUCACCCGGGAGGACCUCCGGGUGCUCUUCGCCGAGGCGGACCUGGACGGCUCGGGCGAGGUGUCGGCCACCGAGUGGUCCUCAAUGCUGUAUCGCUUGGAAUUGUCCACCUGGCCUACGGCUGAUGAGGUCAACGUGCCGCGGGCGGUGGCCACCAUCAAUCGAGCCGCCGCCAAGUGGUACCGCGCAGGGGACAACUGGUUCAAGGUCUUCCGCUUGGCGGACCAGAACUCGGGGCGCAUCGACUUCAACGACUUUCAGGGCAUGGUGCGCCAGCGCACGCCUGGCCUUGGAAUCAACAAGAAGAAGGUGUCGGAUCAAGAGCCGGCCCCUUUUAAGUAG